CUUGUCUGGGCCUCUCGCCCCAAAGGGUAGGUGGUCACGGUGGUCUCUCGUCCUGCCGGGUGCCAUUUGGAGGCGGUCCACCGUGAUCCAUGCCCUCGAGCUCCCCUCCUCCUGUGCUACCCUACCGUGUCUCUGGGGUGAAUAUAUAGAGACGCCCACUCCCCGUCUCCUCUCUGCUCCCACCUGGACUCUGCACGCGCUCUUCAAGCUCCCGUCCGCGCUCCAGUCAGAGAGACCCGGCACCAGCGUCGAAGUCUUGAUCCCCCCCAUACUUGCUUCACAUCUGCCUCACUCCCUCUCCACCACCAAAAAAGUCUGCCCAUCAUGAGCAGCGCACCGGCGGCCGCGGAUGAGGCCAUCGCCAAGGCCCACGUGCCCGAGGCGGCCAUCCAGGGCACCGAGAAGGAGAUGAUGGCGGGCAAGGGCUCCAUCGACGUGUCGAUGGCGGCGCCCCUGGACCACCCGUCCGACUCGGACGACUUCGAGGACAAGCCGACCGAGGAGGAGAUGCACAGCCUCCGCCGCGUGUCGGGCAAGAUCCACUGGGGCAUCUACACCAUCGCCUUCGCCGAGCUGUGCGAGCGCUUCUCCUACUACGGCUCGGCCGUGCUCUACACCAACUUUGUCAAGCGGCCCAUGCCCGAGGGCUCCACCACGGGCGCCGCCCCGAGACCGGAGGACACGGCCGGCGCCCUGGGCAUGGGCCAGGCCGCGUCGCAGGGCAUCUCGCUCUUCAACGUCUUCUUUGCCUACCUCAUGCCCCUGGUCGGCGCCUACGUGGCCGACGCCCACCUGGGCCGCUACAAGACGGUGCACAUCGCCAUCGGCAUCUCCACCAUCGGCCACGCCGUCCUGAGCGCCGCCGCCGCGCCCGAUGUUCUCAAGAACCCCAACUCGGCCUUUGGCGCCUUUAUCGUCGGCCUGCUCAUCCUCUGCGUCGGCACCGGCUUCUUCAAGGCCAACAUCUCCCCCUUGCUGGCCGAGCAGAACAAGGACACGCGCAUGCGCGUCGAGGUGCUCAAGUCGGGCGAGCGCGUCAUCGUCGACCCGGCCAUCACAAACACCCGCAUCUUCCUGUGGUUCUACUUUGCCAUCAACAUCGGCGCCCUGGCCGGCCAGCUGUCCAUGGUUUUCGUCGAGAAGUUGCACGGCUUCUGGCUCGCCUUCCUCCUGCCCACCAUCCUCUUCUUCUUCUGCCCCAUCGUGCUGUUCAUCAACCGCAAGAAGUACCACCUCACCCCGCCCACCGGCUCGGUCCUAUCAAAGUUCUUCAAGCUCUACAUCUUCUCCGGCCGCAAGUCGAGCUUCCUUAAGCCCGAUCUGGACCUGGCCAAGCCCUCCAACGUCCCGCUCGACCAGCGCCCUAAAUGGAUGACCUACGACGACGCCUGGGUUGAUGAGGUCCGCCGUGCCCUCAUGGCCUGCAAGGUCUUUCUGUUCCUGCCGAUUUUCCACCUCGCCUACAACCAAAUGACCAACAACCUGACCUCCCAGGCCGCCUCCAUGGUCCUGAACGGCGCCCCCAACGACGUCAUCCAGAACCUAAACCCCAUCUCCAUCGUCGUCAUGAUCCCCAUCUUCGACAAGAUCCUGUACCCCGGUCUCCGCCGCAUGGGCGUCCAGUUCACCCCUAUCAAGCGCAUGGCCGUCGGUUUCAUCGUCGGCGCCCUGGCCAUGGUCGCCGCCGCCGUCAUGCAGUGGUACAUCUACCAGAUGUCGCCCUGCGGCUACGGCGCCUCCGAGUGCAAGGAGCCCGCCCCCAUCAACGUGUGGGCCCAGUCCCUGCCCUACGUCUUCAUCGGUAUCUCCGAGAUCUUCACAAACGUCACCUCGUACGAGUACGCCUUCUCCAAGGCGCCCGAGAACAUGAAGUCGCUCGUCAUGAGCAUCAACCUCUUCAUGUCGGCCUUCUCGGCCGCCGUCGGCCAGGCCUGGACCCCGCUGUCCCAGGACCCCUUCCUGGUCUGGAACUACGCCUCGGUCGCCAUCAUUGCCGGAGUCGCCGGUGUUGCCUUCUGGUUCUUCUUCAAGCACUACGACGCCAUCGAGGACGACCUCAACAACCUCAAGAAGACAAAGUUCGUGGGCUCCAACCAGCCCACCGCUGCCGACCAGCAAAAGUCGCAGCCCCCCGUUGAGGAGAAGGUCUAAGGGAGGUGUGCCCGUGUUUGCCUUUUGUUGUAACGAGGCCCUUCUCUUUUUGCAAAAGAGAAGAUGGACACAGGGGAUGUUUUUUUUUUCGGUGAUGACUGUAAUGGGAUAGGACGUGGUGUUUUGUUUUUGAGAUUCCCCCAACGGUUUAGGCUAGUAAUGAAACUGGGAUAUGCAAACGCAGUCCAUCAGUUUUCUUAAGUCCAAUAUACCAAAAGUGAAGUGAAA